CGCCGCCACACUCCAUCCUGCUCGCUGCGCGACUCGUCUUGUAUAUUCCUCUCGCUGGUCACAACAUCUAAUCGAACACACUACACGACGACCCCGACGCCCCGCUGCGCUCCAUGAGCACCGCAUCGCCCACCGCGUUCCUUCUCUGGGCCAUCCUCUCCGUCCUCUUCUUGAUCUUCCUCGUUCACCACCUCUGGUGCUACGACAAGUUCAAAUGCCUCCGCUGGUCCGCAGGCCGGCAGGCGGGUGCGUUCAAGCGCGUCAUGACAUACUCCUAUCUAGGGACAGUGCCAUUACUCGCUGUAUACAGCAUAGGCAUGUCGGUGAUCAAAUACAGAGAAGGAUUUGUUAUAGCGCCGGACGGGACAUUCGUUCCGCGUCCCAUCGAGUUCUACGAGGAUCCUAAUCGGAGCUGGGUACUGCCCUUGCAGUUCGUCUUCAGUAUUGCAUGGGCGCUUGAGCAGGUGACCCACCUCGAAGAACUGGCAUUUUGGCUGUAUCUUCUGCACCAGAAUCCGAACAAGGAAGCCUGGUUUUCGAGCUGGGAGUAUCGCUUGUGGUACUUGGGGAGUCUUUUGGCUGUCGUCGGUAUGCCUCUCACGGCGGUGGUCACGCGGAAUGGAAUACAGACGUGCGAUGCAUAUAUAUUCUUGGUUGGUUCGGCAGGGUCGACAUCGACGACCAUCACGUUCCUGUACGUGCUCUGGCGGUUCCCGAAGUUCAUCAGCCACGUCAAGUCGGAGGGCGCGGAGCCAACUGUCGUCGUUCGGCUUGCGACCUUCUACCAGCUCAACCAAGUACGGGUAGUUUUCCGAUUCCUGUUCACCUUCCCGCUCUUGGUGCUCGCGCUGGACGGUAUCAUUGGGACCUCACAUCCGGUCAACCGCAACAUAUUCCUCACGGACUUCCUGCUGAUGAUCGCCGGCAUUGGGUGUUUCGUUUCGUCCAUGAUCACGCUCCUCAUCUUCUUCCCCCGCUCGAUCGUCCGCGAGGCUGGGUACAAGCCUAAACUGUCCAGCACGGCACCAACAUCGCCCAAGAGCCCGCCGAUCACGCCUCCCUCGCGAUCUGGCCCGUUCUCUCAGCGGGGCCCGUCGCACCUUCCUCAGCUGCCGAUGCACAUUGUAGGAAUGCAAGGAGUGCGUGCAGGCACUGUUGCGCCACCGCCGACCGAUACAGGCGUGACCGGGUAUACGACGUGGGACAUGGACGGCAGCGCGUACACUGCGAGCAUGUAUUCGCCGCGCGAGUCUAUGUACGGCUCGCCGCAGUAUACCGCGGAGGACUUCGUUGUGGCCGGUGGCGAGGCGGGCGUGCAGCGGCGUGGGUCGCGCGUGUCAAGGCGUGGCAGCCGACGCGUGAGUAUCUACAACCCUAUGGACGUGCACCAGGAGCAGGACAGCGACGCGGAUGACGAAGGCGAGCGUGGCGCAGAUGUGGACGCCGCCACGGAGGAGAGCGUGCCGCCCUACUCGCACGCGCAGCCACACCAACCGCAGCCCGUGCAGCUCCACCAACGGCAUCCCUUCACACACUCAGCGUCGAGCCCACAGAUCAUCACCGCCGGGCAGCUGCAGCAGGACACGCCACCACCACCACCGCCACCACCGCCUCUCUCGUCGCCUGUGGCAUCCGCCCCGCCAGCGGCACCUGCUCCUACUGCGCCCGCACGUCCACCAUCACCCUCCGGGAAGCGGCGGACAUGGGGCUGGGAGGAGUCGCGACAUGUGCCGUUCGCGCUUGGGGUGAACCCCGCCGGCGCGCAGAGGUCGCCGAACGCCCCUGCAGUGCGGACGAGUCUGCAUAUCGUUUCGACGGGCCCGGGGUCGACGGCGGUGGCUGUGGGUCCUGGGGGCGUUGGGCUGGGCUUGGCGGUCGCGCGGAAUACGCGACGGGUGUCGAACCUGCAUCCAUACGUUGUGAACUUCACGUCCCCGAUUGACCUGGUCGAUAUCCCUCCCAUGGACGAGCUCCCGCGGUCGUUGUGAACACAUCCCUACCCACAGUGCUACGCACAGUCUAGCUCUUGCGGACUGUUCCCCCGUCGCUUGCCGACGUCACCCCUACGCGCACGAGCCCCAUAAGCAAUGUCUGCACCGCAUACACCCCCCAUACUAUGCCCUCGAGGGGAUGCCUCCCGUGCCCCUCCGCAGACCACACCCCACACCCCAUAGCUCGGUUCCCCCGCUGGCGGCAGGGUAUCUCGUCCCGCGUCCCCCCACGUCCGGCGUCCCUUGGCCCUCUCUCGCACACGGGCCGCAACUACCUGCGCAUCGCUUCUCCUAUGGGCAGCUCGCUACGCCCACCUAGAGUCCCCCACUCCAUCACGACUUCUUACGACCUUUCACGACUAUUUGACACUCCUGUUGCGAGGCCCGCUCGCCCGCUCUCCAACCGUGGCGCCCUUCGAGUGCGGCUGGGCAUCACGCCACUCGCCCGCCCAUCGGAUACCGACCAGGCACCUACGGUCCGCCGAGGCGAAGGUCGGGAUGCCCAUCGUAGCUCCGCCGCCCACCGGGCGUCCUUUCCGCAGCACUCGACCCCGAGGCCUCCGUUAUGCGGUUCAGUCGCACACGCAACACUAUGCUUUUCUUCGUCUGUAUAUUCGCUUCGCUUUGUACUCCCUGCUAUCGGGUUCGGAUUUGUCGGCGCGCGGACACGGAUCCCGGAUUCGUCUUCGCCUUUGUUUU